AUGCCUAGUGCACCAAAGCAACGAAAAAUAGCUAUCGUGGGCAGUCGCUCCGUAGGUAAAUCCUCACUCACGGUUCGGUUCGUUGAGCAACACUUCGUGGAGAGUUACUAUCCAACGAUUGAGAACACCUUUAGUCGAAUUAUCAAAUACAAUGGUCAGGACUAUGCGACGGAGAUAGUUGAUACAGCUGGCCAAGACGAGUACAGCAUACUAAACUCUAAACAUUUCAUCGGAAUUCAUGGAUAUCUAAUUGCCUACUCCGUGGCGUCUCGUCAGUCUUUUGAUAUGGUAAGGGUCAUCAGAGACAAGAUACUAAACCAUUUGGGGGCAGAUUAUGUUCCACUUGUCGUCGUGGGAAAUAAGAGUGAUCUUAAACCCGAACAACGUCAAGUGUCCUUAGAUGAGGGCCGGCAGCUAGGGGAAGAGUUUCGCUGUGCGUUUACGGAAGCUAGUGCUCGUCUUGACUACAACGUUGGGAAAGCUUUUGAGUUAAUGAUCGGAGAAAUUGAAAAAUCACAGAAUCCAUCACAGCCAACCGGAGGGAAUAAGUGUGCUUUGAUGUGA